AUGGAGCCGAUGUUGAAUCCCGGUCCACUUUCGUCGCAGCAAGCCGUGCUCGCGAUAUGUUUCCUUGCCAUGGUUGCGCACCAGCUCUUCCGGCACCUGGAGACCUACAGCAUCCCUCUGCACACGCUUUUGAUAUCUCUCCCGAUAUUCGCAGGCUUUUCACUUCUCAAACCGACCACGCCGCCGCUGUAUGCCGCUUGCAUCUCCAUUGCGGUCUUCUUUUCGGCUAUGUUGGCGUCCGUGGUCGCCUAUCGCAUCUCCCCCUUCCAUCGGCUCGCUCGGUAUCCUGGCCCGUUCGGGUGUCGGGUGACCAAAUUCUGGAUGGCAUGCAUUGGAUUCACCGGACGGCAGCAUCUCUACCUCCAGAGUCUCCAUGAGCGAUACGGGGAUGUUGUUAGGAUUGGCCCAAACGAGCUAUCGUUCAUAGAUCCGUCCAUUCGGGACGCUCUGCUGGGUUCGCCAGGGGUUCCAAAGGGACCUCAGAUGAUAGGGCGCAUUCUUACCGUGACCAACCUGCCACUGCUGGCCAUCGCUGACCCUGCUCUCCACCACGAGCGCAGGAAGCCAUGGAACCGCGCCUUCAGUGCAGCAGCUACGAAAGAAUACGAGCCAUUACUAGUCAGCCGCGUAUCACAGCUCGCACACGUCCUCGGGUCGCGAAAGGGAGAGUUCGACAUGAGUAAAUUCCUCAACUACUUCACAUACGACUUCAUGUGUGAUAUGGCAUACGGAGGCGGCUCCGAGCUGCUUCGCGAUGGGGAUAAGACUGAUAUCUGGCACACCAUGGAGCAAGGAUGGCCGGCUGCGACGUUCCUCAGUCACGCCCCAUGGCUGGGGUUGUACUUCGUUCACCUGCCGGUCGUAUCUGCCUCUGUCGCCAGCUUGCUCUCGUAUUGCAGGGAGUUUACGUUGCAGCGCAUUCAACGCGGCGCUGUGCGCAAGGACGUCUUCCACUAUCUGAGCAAUGAAGACCAGCUGGAGCAGGUGUCUCCUCCCGUGCAACAACUCGUCGACGACGGUGUACUUGCCAUUGUCGCAGGCGCCGAUACUACUUCGAGCGCGCUUUCGAGUCUAUUCUUCAGCCUUGUCACACACAGAGACGUGUACGACAGACUCCAGGCUGAAGUAGAUCGGUUCUAUCCACAAGGCGAGAACACCGGCGACACGAAAUAUCACCGGGAAAUGCACUACCUUACCGCCGUCAUAAACGAAACCUUGCGUCUGUUCCCGCCCGCUCCUAGCGGUAGUCAACGUCAGGUGCCGCACCAUAGUCAAGGGAUUAUGCUGGGUCCAUACUUCGUUCCCGCGGGAACCGCGAUGUUCCUGCAUCCAUACUCGAUGCACCGCGACCCUCGCAACUUCUCACCCUCUACCACCGAGUUCUGGCCCGAGCGCUGGCUCAUCGCCGCUGGACGCGAAAAAGUCGCGUCUGGUGCAGAGGUCCCUGGAUUUGUGCACAACGAGGCUGCAUUCCUGCCGUUCUCGCAUGGGCCCGCGAAUUGCGUAGGCAAGCAGCUCGCGAUGCAGGAGAUGCGCACGGUGGUGUGCACGGUGCUGCAGAAGCUGGAGGUGCGCGUGCGCCCGGGAUGGGAUAAGCGGGAGUACGAGGAGGGUUUCCUAGACUUCUUUGUGACGAAGCGGCCGAUGCUUCCCGUUACGGUGCAACCGCGGCACUGA